AUGGUAUUUCAAGUGAUUCAACCAGGUAGAAAUCAUACAGAAAAGAUUAUAAAGGAAACUGUAAAAUCUAGAACAUGUUGUUCUUGUAUGGAUUCACUAAAGUGGCAAUGUUUCUUUUGGUUAUUUGCACUUGCUAGUGUUGCUGGUCUAGCUGUAUCUGCCAUCAUCUAUAAACAAGCAAAGAUUGAAACUGAAGAGUAUUGGGACAAUUAUUCUGCCUAUGAUUCUGGUACAAGUCCUGUUGACAAGGAAAUAGGAUCAUUAAUGGGAGUUGUAUUUGGAUCAAUUAUAGUUGCAGGUAUUUGGUUUUGGAGAUUUAUAAUGUCAUUUUGUGGUGGAAGAGCAAGUGGUUUGAGAAAGAUGAAAUCGGUUGGGUAUUUGGUACCUUAUGUAGAACAACUUCGUGCUACUAAACCAUCAAUCUUGGUCAAUUGUGAAAGUUAUCAUUGGGAGACUAGAACUAGAACCGUUACAACCUAUGUCAACGGUCAAUCUACUACUCGAACCGAAACCUAUCAGGAAAAGGUAACUACUCAUAGAGAGGCAAAUGAAAUGUUUGUCUCUGAAUGGGCAGACUUGUCACCACCACUCGACAGUAAAAUCACCACUUUGUUACUAGAAGUAUACUUUACCAAAGAUUAUACUCAUAUGGACCCUCUAUCUGAACAAUGUCUAGAGACUGUCAAAUCAGACAUGACAAGAAGAAACAAACCAAGAGACACUCAUUUUAACCUUGCAGUCUCUUUAAAUGUCGCCGAUUUUUCAGAUUCUAAACUAUUUUGUUUGGAUGAAUCUCGUAUCCCUUGGUAUGCAAAUUCUUUUUGGUGGGCUAUUAUUACAUUUUUAUGGUUCCCAUGGGAAAUUGCAUAUAGAUCAAAUUUAGCAACAAGUCAAUUUGAUAUAUUGAAACAUGUAAGAAUUACUGGUACAGUUAGUCCAUUACCAUUGGAUGAUGGAUCUGCACCACCUGAACCAAUUUUAUAUUUACAAUUACCUGGUACAACACAUGGUGUUGCUCAUGUCUUGGUUCCACCAGGUACUCAACCAAUGGGUCCAACCAUCUUGGCUCCAAAUGGUCAUCUUUAUACUCCACAACAAAUGAAUAAUAAUAUGCAACCAAUGAUGAUGAUGCAACAAACAGGACCCAUGCCAAAUAAUUAUUAUCCACAAAAUUAUAUUGCUCCAGUCCAAUAUCAACAACCACCACCAAUGGGUGCUGAUCCAAAUUAUCCAAUCUAUCAACAACCUCCCAAACAAAUGCUCAAUCUCACCAGAUCCUUAGAAUUAGUCAAAGCUGACAUGUUCAGAAGAAACAAGUCAAAAGAUGAACUCUUUGAAAUCAAAGUUGCAAGUAAAGAAUGA